UUCUCAACCACAGAAGAAAGUGAGUCCUGCUUUGCUCAGCCCAAACCAUGUACAAUGGGAAAAGAAUCUACUCUUUAUGGCAAGGUACAAAAGGAAAGUCCUCCCCGACUUGAGAAGCUCAAGAUUUCAGCAGUGUCUACAGCUAAUGGUAUUAAAUCACUCCGUGAACAGCCCUUGGCAAACAAUGCUGCAGAUCUACCAGAAGAUACUCAGCUUCUAGAAGGACCCAAGGAGUCUGGGCCACCUCAGCCAGGUGGCACAGAUGAUACUCCAGAAACAGGAAAAAAGAAGAAAGACAUGGGAACAGUGACAGAGGCUCAGCCUUUAUUUUUUUUUUUAUUUUUUAUUUUUUUGAGGCUCAGCCUUAAAGGAAAUACUGAGACUGAAUCUGUAGAAACAGGCACCAAGUACCAGCCUUUGAGGAUCACAGGAGAGCAGGACUCUCCUGGAGCAGUGGAAGGUACUGAGAAUCCACAAACUGCCAGAGAGAUGAAAUCUCCAGGAACAGCUGAGAAAAUCUCUCCUCUGGAAGCAGCUAAAGAACCACAACCUCAAGAAGCAAUGGGAAAGGGUAAACAGACCCAAUGCCCAGAAACAUUUCCCAAGGAGAAUGAAUCUUCAGAAGUAUUGGAAGGAAGUCAAUUUGUGGAAGCAGCUGAAGAGUGGCAACUUCAAGAAACAUUGGGAAAAGAUGAGCUGUCCCAGCCUCUAGAAACAAGUCCCAAAGAGAGUGAGUCUCCAGAAAUAUUAGAAGGAAGCCAGUUUGUAGAAACAGGUGAAGAGCAGCAACAUGAAGAAACAUUGGGAAAAGAUGAGCAGUCCCAACUUCUAGAAACAAUUCCCAAAGAGAAUGAAACACCAGAAAUAUGAAGAAGUCCAUUUGUAGAAACGGCUAUAAACAAUGAUUUGCCCCAUAAAACUCUUGAAGGUCCAGGAAACAUGGAGAAGAUUCAACCUGAAGGAAUAAGAGUUGGAAGCAUGGAGCAUCCAGUGGGAAUUCUAGAAACAGGAGUAAAUAUGGACACAGUCAGGAAAACUCAUACUAAUGAAGAGGACCAACACAUCGAAGGUGAGACAGGAGAAAAGGUUGAAACAGAGACAGAGAAUGAGAAAGGAGGUGAAGGGGCUGGAACAAAAGAAGAAGAAACAGGUGAAGCUGUGGAUCUUUCAGCAGCCACAUAAAUUGGUGUGGUAGUACAAGAUAACGGACACAGUGUAUUAUAACAGAAAAAUGUAGUGAAGUGUGAGGGUUACAGAUCUUAUCUUUCAAUCUUAUGUAUUUUAUACAAAGUGUGGUUAUCAUGUUCCUGAUUACAUUGUUCCAUAAAACUGCUAAGCUAUAAAUAGUUUUCUUAGGCACUCAGAAUAGCCAUACAUUCAGGACUACAAUAGUCACAGCCAAUGACAAGUAGGGUGUACAAUCACUGGAGUAUGAGGGUGUUUUCUUCACUGUGGCAAUAGGUCUAUUCAGUUUAGAAAAUGAGACCCUAAAAAGAAGUUAGAGACCUUAGGUAUAGGUGGCUGGAGAAAGGAGUUAACACAUUUUAGGGAACUCAUGAU